AUGAUCCGCCCUUCAAUCAUCUCAUGGCGUCUCGCAGUCCAUCCAGUCGUCCUCUUCUACCUGCUCGCUUCUCUCUUAGCACCCGUCCCCGUCGAAGCUCGCGAAUGUUUCUGGUACACUGACUCUCUGGGUCGUCGGAGACGGAGGUGUCGUGGCUUGGUCUCUGGGAUCAUCGUCGCACUCGUGGUUGGCUUGUUCGUCAUCUUAGCCUUCCUGUCGCUGGCCUUCGUCUUGCGUCGCCGUCAACAACGGGCAACGCUCGAGAGCGGCGCGGUGUUCACCCAACCUGGGACCAACAACCUGAUGAGCCAGCAGCAGCCUCCCGCCUAUCCUCCACCCAGCUAUCCCGCACCCCCGCCGGCAAACCCUCCCCCAGCGGCCUACUACAAGCUCGAGAAAAACGAGGCCGGCGCCCAGGAUCCUAUCCAGCCUCCUCCUCCCGCUAAUCUGGCCAUUCAUCAUGCUGGUCACUAA